AAAGAGAAGAAGUCGACAGAGAAGAAAACGUUUUGCCUCCUGCGAUGGAUCGAAGAUGAGACUGUCAGCGUACUCCCCGUUACAGCUGCGAAGACUGGGCAAAAAGUUUACCCAGGAGUUUACGGAGAUUUCAAGUGGCUAAAGAAAGUUUAUGAGGCGCAAGUGUUAAAGGUUUCGGAUGACCGGCAGGCUCUAUUGAGGGACUGUGACCGCCUAGUUAAAAUGGAUAUAACUAGUGAAGAGAUACUGAAUGAAGUGGAGACUAUUGAGACUGUCGACAGCACAACGGAUGUAGAACCAUCUCCUGCCAAAAAGCCACGGACAGCAGAGUGUGAUAAAAUGGCCCGCAUGACUGCUGCGAGAGGAAGGGCCAAGGCACUACUUUCCUCACUGGACUCCGAUUCCGGUGAUGAUGUACACAAGGGAAAAAUGAAAAUGCCAAAGAAAGAAUAU